ACUUCAGCUGUUCUGGAUUCACUCCCAAAGUAGCCUCGUACCGACUAUACAACGCUUCAACGGAGCCCUUGCACUUUGGUCACCAUGCAUCUUGCUAUCAAGACUCUCUUUGUCUCCCUCCUUGGCGCGAGCGUUCUCGCCCACCCUCUGCCUACUACAUUGGUUGAGAGGAACGCUCCUCUGAAUGAAUUCCUCAGCGUCCUCCUGUCUCAUCUGCCUGCCAUCAACGGACCUAUUGACGCGGUAUCGGGCGUUAUCACGGACUUCGAUCAAUUGCUCGCAGACAUCACCGGUGCUCAGACCACCCAGAAUGGGUUUACUGGUACCUGCACCGACUGGACUGUUCUCUUCGCCCGUGGAACCAGUGAACCAGGAAAUGUCGGUGUGCUCGUCGGGCCGCCUCUUGCUGAGGCAUUCGAGGGAGUCGUAGGUGCUUCCGCCUUGUCCUUCCAAGGUGUCAACGGCUAUUCCGCAUCCGUUGCAGGCUACCUAGCGGGAGGUGAAAAAGCCGGUAGCAAGGCGAUGGCAACCCAGGCCAGCCAAAUUCUCUCCAAGUGCCCCAACACCAAGCUCGUCAUGAGCGGUUACUCGCAGGGCUGCCAGAUUGUCCACAACGCGGUUGAGCAGCUCCCUGCCGCAGAUGCCAGCAAGAUCAGCAGCGUCCUCCUCUUUGGUGACCCAUACAAGGGCAAGGCUCUUCCCCACGUUGAUGCUUCCAAGGUCCACACCGUCUGCCAUGAAGGUGACACCAUCUGCAAGAACAGCGUCAUCAUUCUUCCUCCCCAUCUGACCUACGCUGUGGACGUCGCUUCCGCCGCCGACUUCGCUGUCGCGGCUGCGAAGUAAAGGAAGAUCAGGGCUCCGUUCUCCCAAUCGAGUGUUGUCGGUCGGGAUCUCCCGUUCCCGAUCUGUGAUCCGGGUUGUCUCUCCCUCUUCUUGAAGCAUAGUAAUGGGCGCAAGUGUGGCGUUUGCAUUUACAAGGUGAUUUAAUAAUGUAUUUUAAUGUG